AUGGCUCUCCUCACUUUCCCUCACUUGACUCAUUUUCCGUCGCUUUCUUCCUUCCCAAACACCCGCUCUUUCUCUCGAACACGACGCUACUGCUCCAUGAAAUCAACCGGAACAGCCAUUCUGUGGUUCAAGCACGAUCUCCGAACCGAUGACCACCCCGCGCUCCUUGCUGCCUCCACCUUUCCUUCACUCCUUCCUAUUUACGUCUUCGAUCACCGCAUUAUUUCCCGUUUCUCCGAUGAGACGCUGGAGCUGCUUCUGCUUGCCUUGCAAGAUUUGAGGAAGUCGCUUAAGGAUCGCGGUUCCGAUUUGAUGAUCCGUUUCGGCAAUGCGGACAGCAUCAUACAGAAACUUGCAACGGAGGUCAAAGCCACUUGUGUGUUCGCGGAACAAGAGGUGGAGUAUGAGCUGCGCCUCAUCAUAGAUUUGCUCAAACAGCGUUUGAAGUCCGUCACAGUUCCGCAAGGGAGUCCUACGAUUGAAUUAUGGGAAACUCCAUUUUAUGAUGUUAAGGAUGUGCAAAAUCUUCCUUCAUCAUAUAAUGAGUUUAAGAAACUUCGACUUCCUGUGACUACACCACUUCAGCCGUCAGAGUCGACAUUACCUGGUGCAGAAAUAGAACUGGACUGGGGUGUUCUCCCCUCGUAUGAUGAUAUAAAGGGAUUUAUGACCAGCAGCCAUCGUAAAUCAGGAGAGAAUUGGAGUUCAAUUAAGGAGGCCUCAGCUGAAACAGAUUUACGUAGAAAAGUAUUGAAGUCUGGCGAUAGCAUUGAAAGAAAUUCUAGCUUUGGGCAAACACAGUCAAGGGAGCGUAGUGGAUCUGUCUUUGUUACAAAAGAAGGAAAUGUCGUAGGAGGUAGUACAAACAAUGUACUGAAUGCAUUGGCUGCAUAUCUGAGAUACUUGGAGGGAACAGCUCGUGAUGACUGGCAAGAGGUACAUGAAAAAGUGCGUGCUUCUGAAAGUCGGAAUGGAGCGUCAUUUAUUGGACUAUUCGGUCCUGCCCUAUCUCUCGGCAUUAUAUCUAGAAGAAGAGUAUAUUAUGAAGCCAUCAAAUAUGAGCGAGAACGAAACGCAGGUUUCUUGUCACCCUUCGGAUAUUCAGCUGCCACAAUUGCAGCAGCAGUUGAUGCUGUGUGCUCAAUGGAGUGGUAUUGGCUUAUGGCUUUGAGAAAUCAGAUAAACAAUGACGGAGUAUACUCAACACGGAUAUGGAAAUGGAAAGGAUUUCUUAUCGAGUAUACAGUUGCUGGUGAAGAUGGUCCUGCGGUUCUUCUUGUGCAUGGAUUUGGUGCCUUUUGGGGGCAUUACCGUGACAACAUACAUGGUUUAGCUGAAUCUGGAAAUCGAGUUUGGGCAAUUACUAUUUUAGGAUUUGGCAAAUCAGAAAAGCCAAAUGUUGUAUAUAGUGAAGUUUUGUGGGCUGAGCUAUUAAGAGAUUUUAUUGUUGAUGUUGUGGGUGAACCAGUUCAUAUUGUCGGCAACUCAAUUGGCGGUUAUCUUGUUGCUAUUGUUGCUGGUAUUUGGAGUGAUUUGAUCAAAUCCCUUGUUUUGAUCAACAGUGCGGGCAAUGUCAUCCCAAGUUAUUCAUUCAUUCCAUUGUCUAGAAUUCAGGAUAGGCAAACUUCCGGGGCUUCCUGGUUGGGUUCCCGCAUUCUUCUAUUCUACUUGAGGCUAAGAACUCAAGAGUUACUUAAGAAAUGUUAUCCAACUAGGGUUGAAAGAGCAGAUGAUCGGCUCAUAAAUGAAAUACUAAGAGCAUCAUAUGAUCCUGGUGUGCUUGCUGUGUUGGAAAGCAUAUUUAGCUUUAAUCUUUCCAUACCAGUCAACUUUCUUCUUGAAGAUAUCAAGGAAAAGGUCCUAAUUAUACAGGGGAUGAAAGAUCCAAUUUCUGACUCCAAUUCCAAAGUGGCUAUGCUUAAAGAACAUUGUGAUGGAGUCAUAAUUAAGGAGUUAGAUGCUGGUCAUUGUCCGCACGACGAGGUGCCAGAACGAGUGAAUACUAUCAUUUGUGAAUGGAUAGUUGGUGCAGAAAGUAACAUUUUGGUAGACUGUCCGGUGUAA